CAAAAAGAUACUGUAAUAAUAAUUUGAGAGAAAAAAAAAUAAAAAAGAAAGAAAGAAACAGAAAACUUCUUUUUGCUUUACAACGCAGGCAGAAAAAAAGGCUAAUUCAGAGCUCUCCUCCACAAUUUUCUUUCUCCUCAACAACCAAAAAAAAUCCAGAAUCAUCAUCAUCAUCAUCAUCAUCGUAUAUCAUUCCAUCGUAUUCACGUUAUCUUUUGAUCAUAGUCUUUUAGGUUUUCGCGCGCCGGGCGGUUUCGUUGAUCGGUGAAUCAAAAUGGCGGGAUUAGAGAAAAACGCGGAGCUCUCCUCCUCCUCCGGUAAGACGACGAACACGAAAUCGAGUUUCUUCAGCAGGUCGUUCACAACUCACCACGGGAGACCAGUAGCUGCUCCCUCAUCCCUCAACCCUUCCCUGAACCGCACCACCUCCAUCACCAAAUACUACACCCCUCCCGUUGAAACAGUCGGGAGCUCCCUCAAAGGCAAAGUCAAGGACCUCUGCAGACUCUUCGAAGGCUCCAAAUCUGUCAAACCAACAAACGAUCCCGACAAGAAGAAGAAUAAACCGGGAAAAUCGGUUUUAUCCGAAUCCCGGUUAUCACCUUUCUUGAGCUUGAGCAACUCCGUGACUCGUCUCCCCGGGACGGAGGACAGGAUCGUGGUGUUUUUCACCAGCCUGAGAGGGAUCAGACGGACGUACGAGGAUUGCUACUCCGUUAGGAUGAUCUUUAGAGGGUUUAGGGUUUGGAUCGACGAGCGCGAUGUUUCCAUGGAUUCAGCAUACAGGAAAGAGCUGCAGAUUGCGAUGGGGGAGAAGAGUAGCGUGUCGUUGCCUCAGGUUUUUAUUAUGGGGAAGUAUGUCGGUGGUGCGGAUGUGAUCAAGAGCUUGUUUGAGAUCGGUGAGCUAGCUAAGAUACUCAAGACGUUCCCUGUGAGAGAGCCCGGGUUUGUGUGUCGGUGUUGUGGGGAUGUUAGGUUUAUUCCCUGUUUGAAUUGUAGUGGGAGUAAGAAACUGUUUGAUGAGGAUGAAGAUAGGCUCAAGAGAUGUCCCGAUUGUAAUGAGAAUGGGUUGAUUCGGUGUCCUGAUUGCUCUUCUUGAGAGAUGUGUUGUGAUGUAUCCAUUGGUGUGUAGAUCAAAGUGAAUGAUGACGAUGCUGCAAGUAUCUGAAGAAUCUCUUUUGGAUCAGCAGCUUACAUUUCACUUUCGGCUUUUUUUUAAGGUUUGUUGUGAUCGUCGGUAAUGGGAAUGCUGAUGAUCGUUGAUUUAGAUCAAUGUGUACUGAGGACUAAUGUAAUUUGUGUUUUUGUCGAAAUGUCUGAAACGGGUAGUAAGCAUUUCGGCUCUUGUGUGUCAAUGGUGUGAAAAAAAAAAACAACUCUGUUCUUGUGCUAUGUAUUUGAGUGUAAAUACUUAGUGUGUUUA